AUGCAGCGCGCAUUGAGCACCCGGGCUCGGGCUUCCGUCCUCUCCUCAGCGGCUACCAAGUACCGAGCCGGCAGCCUCAGCCAGCAGGUCCGAUUUGCUCACAAGGAGCUCAAGUUCGGUGUUGAGGGCCGUGCUGCCCUCCUCGCUGGUGUCGAUACCCUCGCUAAGGCGGUUGCUACUACCCUCGGUCCUAAGGGCCGAAACGUCCUCAUUGAGUCCAGCUUUGGAUCUCCCAAGAUCACCAAGGAUGGUGUGACCGUUGCCCGCGCUGUCAGCCUCAAGGACAAGUUCGAGAACCUCGGUGCUAAGCUCCUCCAAGAUGUUGCUUCCAAGACCAACGAGGUUGCUGGUGACGGUACCACCACCGCUACUGUUCUCGCCCGUGCUAUCUUCUCCGAGACCGUCAAGAACGUCGCCGCUGGCUGCAACCCUAUGGACCUCCGCCGCGGUAUCCAGGCUGCUGUUGAGGCCGUCGUCGAGUUCCUCCAGAAGAACAAGCGUGAUAUUACCACCAGCGCUGAGAUCGCUCAGGUCGCUACCAUCUCCGCCAACGGUGAUGUCCACAUCGGCCAGAUGAUUGCCAACGCCAUGGAGAAGGUCGGCAAGGAGGGUGUCAUCACCUGCAAGGAGGGCAAGACCGUUGCCGAUGAGCUCGAAGUCACCGAGGGUAUGCGAUUCGACCGUGGCUUCGUCUCCCCCUACUUUAUCACCGAUACCAAGUCCCAGAAGGUCGAGUUUGAGAACCCUCUCAUUCUUCUCUCUGAGAAGAAGAUCUCUGCUGUUCAGGACAUCAUCCCUGCUCUUGAGGUCUCUACACAGCAGCGACGACCUCUUGUCAUCAUUGCUGAGGACAUUGAGGGUGAGGCUCUCGCUGUUUGCAUUCUGAACAAGCUCCGUGGCCAGCUCCAGGUUGCCGCUGUCAAGGCCCCCGGCUUCGGUGACAACCGCAAGUCCAUCCUCGGCGAUCUUGCUAUCCUCACCGACGGUACUGUCUUCACUGAUGAGCUUGAUAUCAAGCUUGACAAGGCCACCCCUGACAUGCUCGGCUCUACCGGUUCUAUCACUAUCACAAAGGAGGACACCAUUGUCCUGAACGGCAGCGGCAGCAAGGACGCCAUUGCUCAGCGAUGCGAGCAGAUCCGUGGCGUCAUUGCUGACCCUACCACCUCUGAGUAUGAGAAGGAGAAGCUCCAGGAGCGUCUUGCUAAGCUCUCUGGUGGUGUUGCCGUCAUCAAGGUUGGUGGCUCCUCCGAGGUUGAGGUCGGCGAGAAGAAGGACCGAUUCGUCGAUGCCCUGAACGCCACCCGUGCCGCCGUUGAGGAGGGUAUCCUACCCGGUGGUGGUACUGCUCUUAUCAAGGCCUCAGCCCACGCUCUUAACGAGGUUCCUACUGCCAACUUCGACCAGCAGCUCGGAGUCAGCAUCGUCAAGAACGCCAUUACACGCCCUGCCCGAACCAUCAUCGAGAACGCCGGUCUUGAGAGCUCCGUCGUUGUCGGUAAGCUCACUGACGAGCACGCUGGUGACUUCAACAAGGGUUUCGAUAGCUCCAAGGGCGAGUACGUUGACAUGAUCAACGCCGGUAUCCUUGACCCCUUCAAGGUCGUCCGCACUGGUCUCAUCGAUGCUAGCGGUGUUGCCUCUCUUCUGGGCACCACUGAGGUUGCCAUCGUUGAUGCCCCCGAGGAGAAGGGAGCUGGUGGUCCUCCUAUGGGCGGCAUGGGUGGCAUGGGAGGAAUGGGCGGUAUGGGAGGUAUGAUUGCCACCGUUUCGCAGGACUGCAUAACUGCCUUCAACGACCUGAAGCUUAGCAAGAAGUACAAGUACAUCGUCUACAAGCUCUCCGACGACUACAAGGAGAUCGUUGUCGAGCACGCCUCCGACAACAGUGACUGGGAGGACUUCCGUGAGAAGCUCGUCAACGCUACCUCCAAGAGCCGAACUGGCGCUGUUGGCAAGGGUCCCCGUUACGCCGUCUACGACUUCGAGUACAGCCUGGCCUCCGGCGAUGGUAUCCGAAACAAGAUCACCUUCAUCGCCUGGUCUCCCGAUGAUGCCGGUAUCCAGCCCAAGAUGAUCUACGCUUCCUCCAAGGAGGCUCUUAAGCGAUCGCUCACUGGCAUUGCCACCGAGCUCCAGGCCAACGACACUGAUGACAUCGAAUACGACUCCAUCCUCAAGACCGUCAGCAAGGGUCUUGCUGUUUAA